GUCUUUAAUUGUGACAUAUUUUUUGUUUGUAAAUGUUGGGCUGCUAUGUUGUUUAUGUUAAUUUUUGUUUAUUUUAAUUAAGUAAUUCUGUGGUAUGAAAAUACUCUUUGUUUUAUCAAACAAAUAAACACGAUAUGUCAUAAAUCUGUAUUUACAUUACUUUAAAUCGGCAUACAUUAGUUGUUAAUUCAUCUUUAUGAUAAUGGUGUUUAGGUUAUAUUUUGAAUAGCCUGUUAACAAUGGAUUAUAAAAUUAAAAAAGAAGUUAUACACGUUGGGUCUGAAUAUACACCUAUUUCAUCAGGUGCAAAGGUCAUUUUCCAUUUUGAGACCAGACGCUGUGAUGAGAACCAGACACUGGUUGACGACAGUCGCAAAAUGGGCAAACCAAUGGAGCUCGUGCUGGGCAAAAAGUUUAAACUGGAAGUGUGGGAGACAAUAGUACAGGCAAUGGCCGUAGGGGAGGUGGCCAAGUUCACCGUGGACAAGAGUUUAGUUUCGGCGUAUCCGUUUGUUUCCAAGACCCUUAGGGAUGCGGGUAAACCAAAUGCACAACGAAGUCACUGUUGCGGCACCACUCUCCAGAACCAAGGGAUCGGACAUGAAGAUCUGAACCAGAUGAUCAAGGAACCACAGGAUCUUCAGUUUACUAUUGAACUGUUGAAGGUGGAGCGGCCGGGAGAGUACACGCAAGAAAGUUGGCAAUUGACGGAAGAUGAGAAGCUGGCUGCGGUGCCUCGACUGAAGGAGGAAGGCAACCAUCUCUACAGCCAGCGACAAUACCAGGCCGCAGCUGACAAGUACGCACAGGCCAUUGGAUACCUGGAACAGCUGAUUCUCAGGGAAAAACCGAGAGACGUUGAAUGGAACGAGUUGAAUGCCAAGAAACUGCCACUACUCCUCAACUAUGCUCAGUGUAAACUGUUGCUGGAGGAUUUCUACCCUGUGAUAGAGCAUUGUACUACAGUGCUAGAGUUUGAGCCUGAAAACGUGAAGGCGCUAUUCCGGCGGGGACGUGCGCACGCGGCUGUUUGGAACGUGAAGGAAGCGAGGGAGGAUCUGGAGCGCGCUGCACAACUAGACCCCUCUGUGGCCACAGCAGUUCGCAGUCAGCUGUCCGGCCUGGACACUGCGGUUAAGGAACGAGAUGCCCAGGACAGGGAACGACUGCAGGGCAAAAUCUUUUAGCCUAGAAGUCAUAUUUUCAAAAACAGUAAAUUUUUGCUAUUAAUAAAGAACCAUUUUGAAAGCAUUAUUUUAACUUUUAAGCUGCUACCAUACGGCUAUCAUCGAAGUUGCCAUCUAAUGUUCUGUACAUGUGUGUGAGUGUUAAAGAUUUAAAGUUUAUUAGUUACGGUGAUUUACCAAAAAGCUUGUUUCUAAAACCAACGUUUUUAUUGGCUAGAAAACUCUUCAGUAGUCUGAGAAUUGCAGCCAAUUUUAAUGAAUUCCAACACAACCAUGUUUCAAUAAAAAAAGUUGUUAUAAAUUAAGGGUUACUAUUGAACAAUUUACUACCUUAUAAAUAAACUAAUCAAAUAAGUAAUUUUAUUUUUUUUUUUAUUCAACAACUUACCUUAAUUACUUACUGAAGAAAAUUUUGGAAAAAUUUGUUACAGUGUACCAGUUGAGUUCUUAUUUAGGUUUUAUAAGAGAGAUAAUUAUUAACAUUUAAAAAAUUUUCUUUAUACUGCACAUCGGUUAUGCUAAAUAAAAUAAAAUUAUAAAGUGAAUGAAUGUUUUAUUUUACCAGGCGAAGUUAGCGGUAAAAACCCUCUCUAACACUUACCUGGACCUGUUUAAACCAGGACCUUAAUCUAGACCUUAUGUAAUUAGUUUAAUUUUGAGACCAGUUAUAUUUUUAUUCAAUUUUUAAAUCUUAGAUAUUUUUUAACGUUAUGAUUAAAAGUGAAAGAAAUAGAGCCUUUGGAAAUGAUUACAGUAACAUUAGCAGUUAUAGGGUUAAACUAAUGGUGAAUCUAUGUACGAGUCAUGUUUGAAAAGUAAAUACCGUGAAAUAAGAUUUUAAAGAAAAAUUAUUGUCAUCAGAGAGUACAUUCUGUAUAUGGUCACCAUUGUUGUGGAAUUAUCAUAUUAAACAACAAUCUUUUGAAAACUCUCUUUCUAAUAAUAUGCAAUCAGUCAAGAUAAUUCUAUGAAUAAUUGUAUAUGUGACAUCGUCAUUCUUAUAAUUUCGGCUGUCAAAGGAUCUCUUCUCAUGGGGAACAGGUAGUUGUCUGAAAAGUCCAGUUUAUGACCAAAGUUUAUGGUUCAAAAGUUCACAGCCUGAUCUUGAACUUGGAUGGCUUUUGUGACAUAUUGUAAGGAAGGAAGAUAAUUCCAUGGCAACAAAUCAUAAUCAUUCAAGGUUUUUGACAUUUUCAUGAUUUAAAACUUGUCAGGUUAUCAUCUUCAACAAAGAUUGAUGUUUAGUCUGUAACGUUCAUAAAUCUAAAGAUGACACUUCAUAAUCAGCAGGAGAGUCAACGGGUGUAAACAUUUGAGUUGUGAAACAAACUAUAUAAAUCCGUUGAAGGUAGAAUGAUGACUACACAAAGACAUAGAAUCUAUGGAUUGUGAGGAUUGUUAUACUACUGCAGCAACAGAACCAAAUGGUAUUAAUUUUCAAACAAGCCUAUAUUAUAAGUACAGAAAAUUAUAAAAAAAUAAUUUAUGUUUUAAAUUUAGUCAAGGUUUAAAUUCAUGUAAAUGUUUAGUAUAUCCUAGCUUUAUGAAAUAAUCCAAUGUACGAAUCAAUCAUAAUGAAGGACCAAUUUUUACAUUUAUUAUUGCAAUACUGUUGAUGUAUAUUAUUCUUAGAAGAAAGAAAGUGACUGUUUUAGUGAUCUAAUUUCAUUAAUGGUUAAGUAAUAAGGGAGUUCACCAUUUUGUACUGGCAUACUGUGAUUGGAGCCCUAAUCUAACACACUCUUUUUAAUAUUUAGCCUUUAGGGACCAAAUUGCGUUGCUACCAAAAAGCCAUGAAUUAAUUUUGAUGUUUGAUAAUCAACAUUAUGUUGGCAAAAAUCUCACAGUGCCUAUAAUCUCUUUAUUAUAAGAAUUGUAAUCAGUAAAGGAUCAGUUGUUUUGCAACACUUACGCACAAAAAUUCUUGUCCAUAUUAACCCUUUAAGUGCUGAGUUUUUAACAGUGCUGUCACCCGAUAUUGCGAGUUUGUUUGAUGCGCACAGAGCUGCUCCACAGUCAGCAUUUAUGUAGCUCAUCUCUCGUCCUCUUUUAUUUACCAAACUGCCGUCAGAACCUCCUGAUUCAUCACGUCAGAUCGUGGUUAAUAAAUUGAGUCCACAUCCCAAUAGCCAUUAUUCUCGGAAAAGUUACACUGCUAAAUGGCCUACUUACAACAAUGCAUCUGGACAAAUAAUUAUAAAAUUGAUAAAACGUCCUUAUCAUUAUUACAAACAAUUCCUGCUAUACCGAUUGACCAAUCAAAAUAUAAAAUAAAAUAAACUACAGAGGCAACUUUAAAAAUGCAAUUAAAAUAAAACUAGAAAACAACAACAUUCUGUUUCUAACGUUCAGAUUAAACUUGACCAUGUGCUCUCGUAAUAGUUCAUUAUUUGACCAUCAGAGUGUAGCAGCAAUUAAACAGCAUUAAUCUGGAUUUGUAUUAGUUCAAAUAAACACUACUAGAGGGCAAUGUGUAUCAUCUUACAGCUGCCAGGUGUCAUGUAGUGAAGUAGCUGUUUGAAAAGUGUUAACACGGGCUUGGCAGUUAAGGGGUUAAUUUGUGAAAAGUGUCAUUACUAACGGAAUAAUCUGGCCUUAUCUUCCAUUACCAUCAUUAUCAAUUAUCACAGAUGGACUAGUGACAUCAUGAUUUUUCCAGUUGACGGUUGGAAACGGUUUAGUAGUGAUAGAGAUAAAGCUAGUAGUUUAGUGUGUUGGUAUAAAAAUGGCAGAACUCUCUCAUGUUUAUUUAAUACUAGAAAAUGAUAAGUUGUGUAUUGAAUAACCUUUACACAUUAACUGUUUUUUUAAUGUGUUUUUAUUGGUUAAUGUAAGCAAGUAGUAAGUGAGAUCUCUGUUUGUUGUAACAUUGUUGUGUUUUUUUAAUGUUUAUUAAUUGUUAUAGUAAGCUUUGUUAUUAGUUGGGUGUGAUUUUGUACUUUUAGUCGUAAAAUGCCAUUAAUUCAAGUUGAAAUUAUAUAGAACAGAAUUUAAUUCUCAUAUAAAAAGUUUGGUAUGACUUUUUUGUUAUCUAAUUUAAAACGUAAUUAAAUUGUGUUGUUGCA